CAAUUUUUCAAAAGUAAACACAAAAAGGAUGACACUUAAUGCCCCCUCCCUGCCCCCACCCUAUUUAGAACGUUAGCGUUCCAUUACGUAAAAAAUGCAGUACUACGUCAUGAUGCACCGCUUAUAAAUAAUCUGUUUGAUAAGGGAGAAGCAAACACAAACGAUUCGUGAGUGCAUCGUACGUGUUGUAAGAGCAAGUGAAGCUGAAAGACAUUGACAGUGAAGUGAUGGCUCCCUCUAUCAAUCUCUUCACCUUCCUCGUCCUGUCCCUGGUGGGGGGCAGCUCUUCAUGGGACGAAGCUUCGCCUUGCGGAUCCGGCUCCAUCCUGACAAGGCCCUACACGGCCUUGUGUGAGCUGGAUGCGGUGUGGGGCUUGGUGGUGGUGGUGGCGGCAGCGGCGGCGGCCCUCGCCUCGCUGAUCCUGCUCCUGGUGGUACUGUGUCGCCUGCGGAAGAUCACAGAGGCUGAGGAGCGCAGCGGGGUGGCGCCGCUACUCCUGCUGCUCGCUGCCAUAUUUGGGCUUUGUGGCCUCAGCCUGGGAUACAUCGCUGAGCAGCAAGAGAGCCUCUGCUUCGCCCGGCGUGUCCUGAGGGGGGUGUUGCUUGCUAUCUGCAACACAUGCCUCGUGUUUCAUGGUCUGCGACUGCGCCGGUUGGGACAAGGUGCUCAUAGCCCCAGCACAGGUCAACUAAUGGGGCUGGCGGUGGCCUUGGCCGUGUUGGAUCCGGAGUGGAUCCUUCUAGCCACGAUGUCCACAUGCCAGCCAGCCUGUGAAUACCAGCCGCUGGACUUUGCGCUGGCCACCACUUAUGUGCUGGUCCUGCUCCUGGCAGCACUGGUGGGGGCGGCCUGCAGUCUGUGGAGGCAGCAGCCACGGUGGAGGUGCAGGACCACGUGGCUGCUCAUCACCUGCCUGGCCUCAGUCCUGCUGUGGGUGGCCUGGAUCACCUUCUGCCUGUAUGGCAACGCGGCGCUUGGCCUGUCCCCAACAUGGGACAACCGGGUACAGGCAGUGGUGCUGCUGGCACAGGCAUGGCUGCUGAUACUGCUGCACGCUGCUCCUGAGGUCCACGCCACCUUACGGCCCCCGUCCCGCAUGAGAGAGGCCAGUUUAGAGGAGGGCCUUUCUCACCUGUAGUUUGGAGCAAACCGGGACUUCGUGUUCAGUGACAACAACUCAGGUGUCCUCCCCAGCCCCCAGGAAACAUUACAUUUUAAAUAAAUAAUAUAUAUAUCAUCA